AAUUAAAUUAUUUCAUGCGUGCAUUUCAACAAUUAAACAGUCAAGGUUUUAAGUAUUCGAUAUCAACAACAAAUUGGAAAUAAACGAAAAUGAAAUUAAUUAGGAAAUAUUAAAGAAAUACAUAAUAAUAUAUGCAUGUCAUUAAAAAACAGGCCAUCUCAGUUUGUGACACACUUUUCUUCGAUUCUAUUUGUUUUAUUGUGUCGAACAGUGCAGUGUAACUUGAAUAAUGUUUUAGGAUAAUCGCCGCCUUCAAAAUAAAAUGAAAGUAUUAUCCAUAAUUAUAUUUGGUAUUUCUUUUGUAUUUUUUACAACCAUCGCCAUUUUGAUCGGGAAGAAACCUUUAGACGCACCUAAUGUAGGACUUUCAAUUUCUGACUUUUGUGAAAAGCACAAUUACACGUUAGACACCGAGACAGCUGUCACUGAAGAUGGAUAUAUUUUAUCGUUACACAGAAUUAAAGUGAAGAAAUAUGCCAAUCUCACAAAGAAACCGCCUGUUUUCUUCAUGCACGGACUUACCGGAAGUUCAGGUGAUUUCAUAUGUGGAGGCCCGGGAAAAGGUUUGGCCUUCCAACUGGCCGAUAAAGGAUACGAUGUGUGGUUAGGUAACCAAAGAGGCAACACUUAUUCCAGAAACCAUAUCAUGCUGGAAGCAGAUCUGGAUGCAGCGUUCUGGGAUUUCAGUUAUCACGAGAUAGCCAUGUACGAUAUUCCCACCAUGAUCGACCACGUGAUCAACAAAACAAAAUUUUCCAAACUGACUUACGUGGGAAUGUCACAGGGAUCUUUGACUUACUUCAUCAUGACGUCAGAAAAACCGGAAUACAACAAGAAAAUAAAAGUAGCCAAUCUCCUGGCUCCAGUGUUCACAUUCUACAACACGAAAAACUACUUGUUUUGGUUGUGGGACCUAGGAAAUUUUGCUAUAGAACCCUUAAUGAGAAUAUUUAAUAUAAACGAGUUGUUUAAUAGGAACCAUUUUUCUACUGAAGUAUUAAGAUAUAUUUGCAUAGGUCCUCAUAAAAUCGCAAACUGGUUCUGCAUACAUUUUAUAGGGAAAUAUUUCAUGGGACUUUCUACAAACGAUGUUGAUUAUGAUAUUUUACCUUUUACGCUCACUUUGUACCCUUCUGGGGCUUCUGUAAAGCAAUUCCUACAUUUCGUACAAGGAAGAAAAUCAGGAAACUUUAGCCAGUAUGAUCACUACGAUCAAAAUCAAGCAAGAUAUAAUAAUCCUAGUCCGCCAUUGUACGAUAUAUCAAAAUCAACAGCUCCUGUAGCACUCUAUUACAGUAGAGGGGAUGAACUGAUUAAUAUAGAGAAACUCUAUCACGCGCUGAAGAAAAUACCGAAUGUUAUAUUAAAACAUAAAGUGCCUGACAACGAAUUCAAUCAUGGCGAUUUUAUUAUCAGUACCAAAGUAAAUGACAUGGUUUAUUAUAAAUUAAUUGAUCUGAUUGAUGAGUAUCACAGAAAGAAAUAAAAAAAAAUAUUUUUUUAUUGCUCUA